AUGAAAAAAGCUCCAAUCUUUCUUCUUGUACCAUUUCUUGCUAUCUUGGCCAUGGCAGCGGGUCAUAUGGCCCAACCCGGAUUCAUCUACACUAGAGCCCGAGGAAGAUGCACUCCCCAGUACUGGAGCCAGCGGACCGACGCGUGGCCGAGGAUGGUGCCCCGGAAAUCGACGGUCUCGAACAUUUUCGGGUCGAGGGUUUCGGAGCGGUACAAGGAGGACCUGACGAUGCCGGCGGCGGCGGGCGGCGGCGGAGGGGAUGGCGGCGCGUUCGGGGAGCUGCUGCGGCAGUCGGCGGCGGCGCUGCUGAACUCGUACGCGAGGAGGGGGUACCCGUACGCCUCCUGGGAAGUGAAGACGCUGAUGAUUCAGGCGCUGGUCUCGGAGGAGGCCGCCGGAGCUCAGGCCCGGAUAUUUCGGGAGGCCAAUGAGAAUUGUGGUUGA